AGCUUUUGAGAGGCAUUUUUCUGCCUUAUUGGUUUAUCUUUGCAUUUCCUUAUGUGCAGUUUCCUUAGAGGUUCACAUUAGUUUGCAAUAGAUCCGGUAUUCAAUCAAACAGAGUCUUCUUACCAGAUAGCAGCAAUUGUAAUAGAUCUGUGUUUCUUGUGGUUUUUUUUCAACACAGAAAAUGGCAAAGUGUUUUGGGGCUUGCUGGUUUUUUUUCCUUGUACAAUUCAUGGGGUUUUUUCCUCAUUUUCGGAUGUCUUAGUAUUGGGUAUUUUUUCAUCUGUGUCAGUUCAGUGACUUUCCUGAUGGUUCACACAUUAGGUGUAUUCUUUUUGGUUUUCUAAGGAUUUGCUUACAUUUAUUCUGUCUGCUGUAUUUCCUUUGUCUUAUCUUUAUGGUCAAUGCAAAGAAUGGGGUAGUUGGCAAACUCCCAAAGUCAGCUUACUCCCAUGAAGAGCAAAUUGAACCAAAGCAGGACAUGAACAUUUGGAGAAGAGAUGAUGCUCUGGCAUGUUUUGUUGCAACUCUUCUUCAUAUUAUUGCUAUUGUAAGGAUUAAUGAGAAAACAUCAGCAGUCCAAAUAUUGUUCUACAGAUCACAGGCCGGCAUCACCAUCAUGAAUUGUAUGCCAUAUGCAGCUCAAAAAUUAUGUAUAAUCUAGGUAAACUAUGUUCCUGGAAGCAUGAGGCAAAGUACCUUGUGUUCUACCAUAUCCCAAGGACCAGCUAACACUGACCUAUCAUGGCAUCCAAUAAAUUUGUCAUUAAGUGUGGGAACUUUGCUGUUUUGGUGGAUGUUCGUAUUUUGCCUCAAGGCUCCAGUAGAGACACCAGCUGGUUUUCAGGUCAUGAGAAAGAGGAGGUCUGCAUGCUGCUAGAAGAAGUUGUUGCUUCAAGGGUCAAACACUACUUGGAAGCGCCUAAACAACGUGGUCAAUGGAAAUCAAUGGAACACGCACCAUCUGGUCCUUUGUUUCUUACUGGAUUUCUGUCAUUCUCAGGAACAGAAACAGAAGAGCCUCUGUCCAACAGUUUUCACAUUACCGCCUACUUUAUGAAGAGAUGGGUUAAUCUCCGUUGUGCUGUAGGGAAACAUUAUCGUGAGCUCCGUGUGUUUCCAGACAGAUUUAUAGUUUGUGUCAGUAAACUUGAAUCUAAUCCAAGUGCUUGGACAUGUGAAAAUGGUGUAUUGCAGAAAGAACUUUCCAAUGGGACGUCUGAAUAUUUUACUGAAUCUGUGGAGAACAAGAAGCUUAAGAUUAGUCUGAAUGAACAAAUAAAGCAAGACAACUUGAAAGAAAUUGUGAAAAGGACAAAACCAAGGAAAAGUAGCACAAGCAAACCUCAAAUCAGCAAGGACUCCAAGAAAGUGUAUCUUGGCUCAGUGGACUCACAGACAGGGAACAGAAAGAACGACUGUCAAACUUCUCUCAGUCCUCAGUCUGAAGUGAAAUGUAGGAGUACAGGACUGCUAAAGGACUGCAUAAAUACAGCUGAGAGCAACUUGGAGCUUCCUGUUUUAGAGCUGGAAAAUUAUGUUAAUCAGAGACAGCCAGAUGAUGUUAGCAGCCAGCAAAAACCUCACUCUGUGGAGUGGUUGAAGUCGAGUCUUCUAAGUGAAAACCCUCCUUGUAGCUCUGAGUCAGCAGCGCUAGGUCCAAAACAAAGUCAAGAAGUGACCAAAACAGAGGCUCAACAAAAGAGCUGUGGUGCAGAAGAAAAGUUACAGCAUUUCAAAAAAGUAUCCUCUGAAGGGACUCCUUUAAUUCCUAGCAAUACAGAAAUGAGCAAGAGCAAUGAUGAUUGUUCAGGUCUGUUCCUGGAGGAGAAGACCCCACUUAGUUCCAGUUUGUUUUCUAACAAAAACAUGACAAAGACUGUGUCUGAUGAGGAGUCACUAGCUUUGAGAAGAAACCUCUCCCGGCCUCUUUCUGUGAGAAACAAUAUAGUGCAGACAAGCCAAAAUGAGCCAAGCGCAACCACUGAAGAAUUGCUUGUGAUGCCAUCAUCUUGUUUAGAACUGCAGCCUGUAUCUUCAGAGAAGCUUAUCCAAAAAAGAAAAAAAGAAGUUGAAAAUGGUCUCAGGAAGUUAAAACUGAGAAGGCUUAAGAAGUCAUAAGGCUUAAGAAGUCAUAAAGUCUGAAAUAUUACCUUGAUGGCAUGGGUGGACAGCCAAAUUUGCAUUUGGAAAGCAUGUGCAAAAAGUAGGAAGCAAUUAAAAGUAAUGAAAAAUAAUAAAAAUACAAAGUCAAAAUUAGAUAUAACUUUUUAAGAAAAUUUAGUUAACUAAGCAUCUUCGUCAUUGGGAACUGUAAUGAAGGUAAUUCUGUUAAGUCUUUAGGAAUUAGAUGUUAAUAUUGUAUGAAGCACUGUAAUAUUUGUAGAAAGAAAAAUCUUAUAAUAUUUACUAAGCAAAAUUUUAGAUCUAUGGAUGUUUUAGUAUUAAAAAGUCAUAUCAGCUGAUGACAGCAAACGUUAAAAAAAACACUUGUGAUCCGUUAGCAGCUGCAGUUAUUCAGUGUUUUGCUUGUUUCUUUAUUUUAGUAAAAAUCCUUUCUCUGUGUUAGGAAGUUCAUGAUUUAUUCACAUGAUCUUUACAACAGUAAGGCGAAUUGAGAUUAUUUCAAAUAAAUCUUUAACCAGGAUUUAAUGUUGCUGAUAAUUUAAGGCCUGCCUUUUCAGUGAGGUUUCAAAAUAACUAUAGUUUCUGCUUGUGCAGUUUUGAUACGAACGUUUAUUUCUCACUAGAGUUGUGGAUUCAAGUGAUCAUGCAUUCCAUCUUUGGAAAAAAUGAAGAUUGGUUUUAUAUAUGCGGUCACCUGGAUGUGUGCAAACAUUGCUAUUGGGAAAAGUUCAUACAUAAACAUGCAUACGCAUCUUCACGCAUUCAUGUUUCAAAGUCAGGUGUUGUUUGUGUGCAAGGGCAACACACUGUUUAUCAUGUGUUAGUAAUACCCGAGUUAUUUGUUAUUUUAAGAUAGAGGUAAUUUUUAAUUGCACAGUGCUUUUUCAUGCUGCUUUUGGAACUUACAUGCUAAUGAGCUAAAGAAAUGUAACUUUUUAUCUCAUGCUUAUCUUUUUAAAUGUUUAAAAUAAAAUUAUAAGCAAUU